AGUGGCAUUGGUCAGGCCGCAGUUGGAGUACUGCAUCCAGUUUUGGGUGCCACACUUCAAGAGGGAUGUGGACAACCUCAAGAGGAUUCAGAGAAGGGCCACUCGUAUGGUUGGAGGACUGGAGGCAAAACCCUAUGAGGGGAGAUCGGGGGCCCUAGAUCUCCUCAGCCUCUGCAAGAGAAGGCUGAGAGAUGAUCCUGUGGCCACCUACAAAUUCAUCAGGGGAGAACAGCAUGAAAUAGGACAUGCCCUCUUUACCAGGGCACCCCUUGGAGUAACUAGGAACAACAGCCACAGUCUGAUGAAGAACAGAUUUAGGUUUGUAGUACCUCCAAACUUCUCAAAGCAAGAUUCAGUUCCAAGACUGGAAAAGGGCACCCUGAGGUUGGAAUCAGACUGUUUGCACAGGACUGGGGAAUUGCUCUCCCAUCUUCAGCUUCACAUUCAAGGAAGGAAAAACUGUUUUAAGAAUGGGACAGUCAUUCAAGCCAUCAUGACCUGCUGGGAAUGGUGCCCCACUCGCACUUCAGCUGAGCACUGCAGAAAUUUCCGCAGCAUGCAAAGAUGGAUCCACAAAACCUCGCACAAGGCUUUGUUAGAGUCCUCAGUAGCCAGAGCAGAAUGCGAAGCUGCCUUGCGGGACAAACUUUGUGACUCCAUGCAUAAGGACCAUGCCAUCCUAAAGGAAGUGCAAGACACCAUGAGGAAUUUGAGAGACGCAGUCGACAAGUCCACAGUUCAAAUGGCAUUUUCAAGUAGUCCUUGGAGAAAUACCUAUAACACCCGGAAGGGAAAAGUCAGUCUGCUUGUCUUGCCUCUGUGCAAGACAAGCCUGUUCCCCCUAAGUCUACGGGGUCACAGCAGGGCCCUAUGACUGCCAGAAGAUCCAGGAAGGUGCCACUGCAUUUCAGGGAGACGGGUGGUUCAGCAUCAUGGUGGGGUGAAGGCGAAGAAGCCCAAGUAAAGGCUGUAAUACUCUGUUGCAAACAAUAAAAGCUCAUAAUAGUUU